UGUUGGUUGGAAAGUUGUUAGCAAGUGGGGGCUGACAGUGUUUUGGGUUUUUGGGGUCCCGUCUCGUCUCUCUCAGUAUUAUUGUGGGGCUCUCACGUAACUACGGCAAGUGUUUGCUUACAAUUAGUGCAAGUGGAUUGGAGCAAAUACCACCCCCCUUUCUCGAGUGCAAGUGACCGCCGCCGCCGUUCAAAGAGCAACGUUCGGUGCUCCACCAACAAAGGAAGGGAGCCAACCGCCCCCCACUGUCAGUCGUCGCUUUGUGACUUUCGCCCAAAGGCCCUGAACGACACAGGAAUCAAAUGAAACAAAGCAGUCUCCAGUCCCCCGCCCACCACACAUAGCAGUCGUAUCCAGGGCAGGCGCGACGCGACAAUAAAGAAAGAGCUUCUUUGUUGUCUUUUUUCCAUUUCAUUUGCCACGGAAGAGCAGCCAGCAGCAGCAGCAGCACGCAUAGCCAGAGAUCUCGAACAACAGCACAGGCAACAUGACGGAGAGCGAGGAGCUGAUGAACAAAUAUGGCGAACCCUUGCGCUAUGAUCGGAACUUCAAGGGACCACGACAGAGGGAUCGCAGCUGCACGGAUGUGCCCUGCCUGCUGCUGUUUGCACUCUUUCUGGCUGGCUGGGGCUUCAUUGCCCACUAUGCCAUCACCCAUGGAGAUCUCAACAAGCUGAUGGUGCCAACGGACUCGUUCAAUCAGAAGUGCGGCAUCGAUUCCUCUGUGCUGCACAAGAAGCACUUGUUCUUCUUCAAUCUGGAGCAGUGCAUUGAUCCGCUCGUGCCGAUUACUGGCUGCCCCACACCACAAGUAUGCGUGGAGAGCUGUCCCACUCAGACGUUCAUCUGGGACACGAUGCACGACAGCCUGAGCUACGAGGAGCUGAGGAGUCGCCUGAUCUGCCUGACGGAUGAGCACAAGGCGAACAUUCGCAGCAAAGGCGAUAUGCAGCGUGCCAUCGAUCAGAAUCUCUGCGCGCGCUGGUACAUCAAGAGUGCGCCCUUUCUCAAUCGCUGCAUAUUCGAGUUCUCGCCACAGAUGUGCGAGUUCAUUCCCUCGUUUCUGCUCAAGGGCGGACGCUCACGUCGCCAGCUGCGGCUGCUGCCCGGAAACGCCACCUCAGAGCCGGAACUGCAGGCCCAGGCGAUGGCCCUGAGCAUGUCCCAGGCGCUGGUGCUGCCGCAAUCGAAUGGCAGGCUGGAGCCCGUGGAAGAGGAGCCGGCGGUGCAGUGCCGACGAAGGCUCAACGAUGCCGUCAUCAAGGAGAAGAUGAAGCAAACGGACACACGGCUGGCCAAGAUGGUGGGCAAUCUGGUGGCGCAUUUCUACAACGGCACCCACGAUGCCCAGCGGCUGGGCGAGGAGAUUGUCGAGGAUCUGGUCAAUUCGUGGUCCAUUGUCUUGGUGGCCUGCUUCUGCACGCUGGUCGCCUCGCUGGUGUUUAUUGCCCUGAUGCGUUGGCUCUCGGCGCCCAUACUGUGGUUCUCCAUCUUUGCCGUCCUCACCGGCCUCCUGGUGGCCAUUUACUACACUGUGCGGCAGUACAUCUUCUGGGAGAAGACGCCCACUGUCCCCAUACAUGGCCUCAAUCUGCAGUCGACGGUGAAGAAUGUUCUGCAGAACCAAAACACCUGGCUCUAUCUGUCCAUCUUUGUGGGCGUGUGCUUUGUGGUGAUCCUGCUGCUGGUUAUUGUCCUGCGGAAGCGUAUCCGCAUCGCCAUCGCCCUGACCAAGGAGGGCAGCAAGGCAGUGAGCAGUGUCUUCAGCACCGUCUUCUUCCCCAUCUUCUCGUGGGUGCUCUUCAUAGCCACGAUCGCGUUUGCCAUCGGUGUGGGCUUGUAUCUCGGCUCCAUAGGACAACUGUCGUUUCGCAUGGUGCAUCGACUGAACGAGGCCGGUGAAGUGACCAAAGAGCCCUGCGUGUGCGACGGCCCUGCCAUCAACUAUACGGUGGGCAGUGCCUGUGAUCCGCAGCUGUUUGAGAAGCAUUGCUACAAUACACAGGCCUCGACGACGGGCUUCUUUCAGCAAUCGCAGCGUGUGGCCUGCUCCCAGACGACCUGCAGCUUCCUGGACAUCGACAAUCCGCCGCUGGUCAGGUGGGCCAUCUUCUACAACAUAUUCGGAUUCCUGUGGCUGAGCUUCUUCAUUUCGGCCUUCAGCGAUAUGGUGCUGGCGGCCACAUUUGCCAGCUGGUAUUGGACUUUCAAGAAGCGCGAUGUGCCGUACUUUACGCUGGCACGUGCCUUCGGCCAGACAGCGUUCUAUCAUUUGGGCACGCUGGCCUUUGGCUCGCUCAUACUGGCCGUUGUGCGUCUCAUUCGCCUGGUGCUGGAGUACAUCAAUGAGAAGCUGAAGAAAUACGACAAUGCGGUGACCAGGGCGAUACUCUGCUGCAUGCGCUGCUUCUUCUGGCUGCUGGAGACAUUCCUAAAGUUCCUCAAUCGCAACGCGUACAUCAUGUGCGCCAUUCACGGCAAGAGCUUUUGCACCAGCGCCAAGGAUGCCUUCAAUCUGAUAAUGCGAAACUUCUUGCGGGUCAUAACAUUGGAUCAGGUCACCGAUUUUCUCUUCUUUAUAUCCAAGCUGCUGCUCACCGCCGGUGCGGGCGUGGCCACAUAUUACUUUCUGGCCAACAAUCCGGCCAUUGUGCAGCUCCAUUACAGGGCUGUGCCCACCGCAGUGGUGGUGAUAGCAGCCUUUCUGAUAACCAGCGUGUUCUUUGGCGUCUACUCGACGGCCGUCGAUACGUUGUUCUUGUGCUUCCUCGAGGAUUGCGAGCGCAACGAUGGCACACCGGAGAAGCCCUUCUUCAUGUCCAAACAGCUCAUGAAGAUUCUCGGAAAGAAGAACAAGCUGCCGCCGCGUCAGCGUCGCAGCAAGUAGGGAGAACGGAAAAUGACAGUGCAAACCAUAAGAUAAUGGAAACUCAUCUAAAUCUAUAUUUAUAAAUAUUAUAUUACAUUAUAUUAUAUAUAUAUAACCCUUAUCUAUGGGGCCGUGAGCGCCCCCCAUUGCUCAAAGCCGCCGAGAGAGUGAAAGAGAGAGAGAGGUGCAAAAAGAUUUACAUGAAAUGUAUGCAAAUGCAAACUUUUUUUUGAAAGAAUUUGCCAGUACCUUUAAUCUCCCCUUCCCCCACACACCUUAAAGUUACACUACUUAAACCCAUUUGUAUAUUUAAUUUGUUUAUUUUUUUUGGCGGCAAACGAAAAUGGAACGUCUGUCCUGGAUAUCAUGUGAUAAGCGCAUACGACACAAAAGCAAUAUAAAAAAAUUUACACCCAGUGGUUGGCCAUUUGUUACAGUGUUACAGCUACGAAGCCAUGGCCGAUCCACUCAUUUACACACACAUAUCUCUCGCAAAACCAUUUGAUUUUUGGCACACAAAUUGGCAAUCAUAUAACGAAUUUAAUAAAAUUGAAUUCCCAAA